AUGUCACCCCACCCCCUCCUACACCAGUGUCUCCCCAUCCCCUCCUACACCAGUGUCAUCCCACCCUCCUACACCAGUGUCACCUCACACCCUCCUACACCAGUGUCACCCAAACCUCCUACACCAAUGUCACCCCAUCCCCUCCUACACCAGUGUCACCCCACCCCCUCCUACACCAGUGUCAUCCCACCCUCCUACACCAAUGUCACCCCACCCCCUCCUACACCAGUGUCUCCCCAUCCCCUCCUACACCAAUGUCACCCCACCCCCUCCUACACCAGUGUCACCCCAUCCCCUCCUACACCAGUGUCACCCAACCCACUCUUAAUUCAGUGUCACACCAACCCCUCCCACACCAGUGUUACCCCACACCCUCCUACACUUGUGUCAUCGCACCCCCUCCUACACCAGUGUUACCCCAUCCACUCUUCCACCAGUGUCACCCCAACCCCUCCCACACCAGUGUCACCCCACCCCCUCCUACACAAGUGUCAUCGCGCCCCCUCCUACACCAGUGUCACCCUACCCCCUCCCACACCAGUGUCACCCCCACACACACACACCCCACCCCCACCCCGCCUACACCAGUGUCACCCCACAUCCUCCUACACUGGUGUCAUCGCACCUCCUCCAUCUGUGUCACCUCACCCACUCUUACACCAGUGUCACCCCACCCCCUCCCACACCAGUGUCACCCAAACCCCCUCCCACACUAGUGUCACCCACCCCCUCCUACACCAGUGUCAACCCGCCCACUCUACACCAGUGUCACCCCACCCCCUCCUACACUAG